UGAAAUGAAAAUGGAGUCUCCAUGGUGUGAGCAGAGGAUCACAAAGGUCUCUCUAGCUGAGAUUCUGAGGUGUUUUGAACAUCCUAUAAGUGAGGAGCAAGCCUGGGCUAUCUGCUUUCAGUGUUGCCGUAAAAUGGAGCAGCUGUCUAUGGGGCUGUACACACCACUCCAUUCUGUGUUCAUAAAAGGUCCUGGAAGCAUCUUUAUCCAUGCUGAUGGUACUGCUUCCUUUAAGGUGUACCACAAGUCUGAUGUUGGCAGCAUUCAGCAGUCAGAGGACAAGCUGCUGGAGUACUUGGGAGUGGUGAUCUAUGAAGCCUUGGACUGGGGAAUCGACAGCCAAGUGGAGCGAGAACUGAGUGAUCCUUUGGAGAAACUGCUGUGCCUCAUGUUGAAACUGGAUGAUGAGGCAAUGAAACCAGCAGUCACCCUGCAGGAUGUUAUCAAGAGUCUGAGAAAAAUGGAUGUGGAAGAUUUGUUAGAAAAUCCCCUUCAGAAGAAGGAAAAACACUGGGCAUCCCUGUGGCCCAACGUCAUGCAUGAACUGCAGAAUGGUGUAAAGCUGCGCAAGGUCACUGAGCAACCACAGCGUAGCGUGCCUCCAAAAAAAAGUAUCCGCUCUCCCUAUGAUUUACUUUUGGAUGAUAUUCAGCACAAGAGGUACACCCUUCGGAAGAUCUGUUUCAGCUGCCAUAAGCAGAUGUUUCUUAAGUGGCCUUACAGCUGUUACCUCUGCAGCAGUGUUGUCUGCUGUGACUGCUGCAUCAAGAUGUCCAUGCCCUUCAGAAUAUGUGUACAUCUCCCACUUCACUUCUUAAAACUUUUGAGACUCUCCAGAGAGGAGGACCCCACUACUCAAGAGCAGAAGAGCUCAGAGUUGCUGCAUGAAAUAGAGCACUGGGAGUGUUUUAGGUAA